CCUCUUGAAAGUUUCGAUCUUUCUUUUUUUUUUGGUCUUCUUUCUCAUGAUCCGAGAACUGAAUGAGUCCAAUCGCCGGAUUCUGACCUUCCCGGCGGUUCAUCCUUGUGAAGAUAUUUCUUUUCCCACACUUGUCACUUCUUUAUUCACUAUCUCUCGUAGGAUUUGCAGUUUCAAAUCCAAAGUUUUCUCCAGUAACAAGAAAAAUGCCAGGAAAGCCAUUCGUAUGAUAGAGGUUCUUCAGAUUUUUCUGGAAGAGAUCCGAGACCAGCAAUGGAGUUUUCCGGAUUCCGUAAUCCUGAGCUUGUCGGAGCUCCAUUUGACUUUCCAGAAGCUUCACUACCUCCUUCAAGACUGCACUCGUGAAGGCUCUCGGCUAUAUCUGCUCAUGGAGUCGGAUCGGGUCGCGACCCAGUUUCAGGUCCUAUCUAGAUCCGUAGUCACGGCUCUGGAUAUCUUCCCUUUCAGUUCCACAGAAAUCUCAGCAGAACUUCAAGAGCAGGUUGAGUUUAUGCUGAAGCAAGCUCGAAAGGGCGACUUUGAAGUGGAGCCAGAAGACAAACGGGCAAUGAUGAGCGUUCUAUCAAUUUUGAAUCAAUUUGAGAACUCGAUCGCCCCAAGUGAGGGUGAUCUCAGAUGGAUUCUUGAUCAUAUUGGGGUUCGAAGAUGGAAUGAGUGUAACAAAGAAAUGAAGUUUUUGGAUACAGAAAUUGGGUAUGAGCGAAUGAAGGAAGAGAAAAGAAAGCUAGCUUUUUUGUGUAGUUUAAUGGGGUUCCUGAGUUACUGCAGAUGCGUAGUGAUCGAGGUUGUCGAUAAUGGAGAAGAUGACCCAAAAUCUGAUGGUAGCAAAGGAAGUGAGAUUCUGAGUUGGUGCUUCAACCCAGAUGAUUUUCGAUGUCCAAUCUCUCUAGAAAUCAUGAAUGAUCCAGUGACAAUAGAGACGGGUCAUACUUAUGAUCGAUCUUCGAUUCUCAAAUGGUUCAGCAGUGGAAGCCUCAUAUGCCCCAAGACAGGGAGAAACCUUGACAGCAUCGAACUGGUCCCUAAUUUGGUACUUCACAGGUUGAUUCAUCAAUACUGUUCUAAUAACGGCGUUCCCAUGGCUGAUCUGGGUCGGAGGAAUCGUGAUCGCGAUAUCAAGACAACUUGUCAACCUGGAAGUUUGGCAGCUCAAGAAGCCAUGAAAAUGCUGGCAAGUUUUCUCAAUGACAAGCUUCAAAACAACGCGGAGUUUGAGAGAAACAGGGCUGCUUAUGAGAUUCGUGUUCUUGCCAAAAGAAACAUCUUCAAUAUUUGUUUUGUGGAAUCUGAUACAAUACCGCAUCUGUUAACGUUAUUCGUCAAGAAUCCAACGACACAAGAAAACGCCAUUGCAGCUCUUCUGAACCUCUCGAAACACCCUAAAAGCAGAAUUAUUAUGGUUCUUGAUGGGGGUUUGGAGUUGAUUGUGAUUGUUUGUAAGAAAGGAAUGAAGUUAGAAUCUCGCCAUCAUGCUGCUGCAACAUUAUACUACCUUGCUUCAGAUGAGGAGAAUCGAAGAUUGAUAGGGGAGGAGCCAGAGGCAAUCCCAUCUUUGAUCAAUCUACUCAAAGAUGGCUCUGAUAGAAGCAAAAAGAAUGGCUUGGUUGCUAUAUAUGGUCUCCUUUUUCACUCUGAAAAUCACAAGAGAGUGCUUGAAGCUAAGGCAAUCCCAUUGCUAGUUAGCAUCUUAAAAACCUGUGAAAGAGAAGAGUUAGUCACAGAUUCAUUAGCAGUACUGGCAAGUCUAGCAGAGAAAAGUGCUGGAGCAAUGGCAAUCCUUGAAAAUGGAGCUUUGCAUCCAACUAGAGACUUGAAUUCUUCUUCAACUUCAAGAGUUGGGAAGGAGCAAGGAGUGUCUUUAUUGCUUUCUCUAGCAGUAACUGGAGGGGCAAAUGUGGUUGCUCUUCUAGUGAAAAGCCCUUCUCUAAUGGGAUCCUUAUAUUCCUUACUCAGUGAAGGCACAUCUAGAGCAAGCAAGAAGGCCAGUACUCUCAUCAGGGUCCUCCAUGAUUUCUGUGAAAGGAGACCCUCAGGAUUCAAAGCUUCAGUUCUUCCACAAGAACAAUCUAUUCACGUUUGGUAAUAACCCAGUUUGCUCUUUUUUUUUUUAUCUGCACUGGGUAUUGUAGAUACAAAUUGUAAAGAAGGUGCGUGCUUCUGAUACAUGAUAUGAGCUCGUGUUUUGAAGAGCUAGUAUCUGUAUCAGCAUAAGCUUCUGUUUUAGUUAUGAAGCUUGCAUAGAGAGAAUUACAAUUCAUUCGUUUAUCAAAUAAGACUGUACUGUGUCUUGAAUGUAAUUUACAAAUCCAAUUUAUGAUAAUAAGAUUGAGAUUCUUUCU